AUGGAGCUCCUCGACCAGCACAUGUCGGCUCUGUCUGCCAACGACACAGCUUCCCUGGCCCGGCCCAUCAUGCACUUCGUCUCGACUGCUCUGUUACUCGGCUCCGUCGCCCUCCAGGCCGUCCUCGGACGCUCUGCAACGGACAGACAGGGCACUCUGCUAAGACGCUCAGUCGACUCCUUCAUCGACACCGAGUCGCCCAUUGCCUUGCAUCAGCUUCUAUGCAAUAUCGGCGCCCAUGGCUGCAACGUCAAAGGGGCCGGCCCUGGAGUCGUCAUCGCUUCUCCCAGCACCGAGAACCCAAACUAUUUCUACACCUGGACCCGCGACAGUUCUUUGGUAUUCAAAUCCCUUGCUGAGAGAUUCGUCAACCAUUACGACGCCGGUCUGCAGCUCCAUAUCGAGCAAUUCGUCGCGAGCCAAGCCAAGCUCCAAGGUGUCAGCGGUCCCUCCGGGUCUUUGUCAGACGGCCAAGGCUUGGGCGAGCCAAAGUUUAACGCUAACCUGACUGCCUUUGUCGACAAUUGGGGCCGGCCGCAGAGAGAUGGUCCCCCGCUAAGGGCAAUCGCCUUGAUCACGUACGCCAACUGGCUGAUCCAAAACGACUACUCCUCGACGGCCUCGACCAUCCUCUGGCCCAUUGUUCAAAAUGACCUCAAUUACGUGGCACAGUACUGGAACCAAACAGGCUUUGAUCUCUGGGAGGAGGUCAAUGGAAGCUCCUUUUUCACCAUAUCCAGCCAGUAUAGAGCUCUCGUCGAGGGAAGUGCUCUCGCAACGGCUCUUGGGAAGCCGGGUAGUUCGUACUCGGAUGUUGCGCCGCAUAUCCUCUGUUUUCUUCAGAGCUUCUGGGUGCCCUCGGCCGGCUACAUCGAUGCUAACAUCAACGUCCAUGAUGGCCGAACGGGCAAAGACGCCAACACCAUCCUCGGGUCCAUCCACGUCUUUGAUGCAAAGCUCGAGUGUGACGCUGCCACGUUCCAGCCUUGCAGUGAUAAGGCUCUAUCCAACCACAAGGUGACAGUCGACUCUUUCCGGGGCUACAAGAUCAACCGUGGCGUCGGCAAGGGCAAGGCCGUGGCAGUAGGCCGCUAUAUCGAGGACGUAUAUUUCGGUGGGCACCCAUGGUAUCUCACCACACUGGCAGCCGCGGAGCAGCUUUAUGACUCUCUUUAUGUUUGGAAAAAGGCCGGGUCCAUCACCGUCACGGACAUUUCGCUUGCCUUCUUUCGAGACCUCGUGCCCGGCGUGUCAAAGGGGACUCACUCUAGCGGGACCUCUGCCUUUUCGGAUCUCUUGGCCGCCGUGUCCGCAUAUGCAGAUGGCUUUGUCGACGUGGUUGCGACGUACAUUGCACCCAAUGGCUCCAUGUCGGAGCAAUUUGACAAGGACGACGGACAUCCACUUUCCGCAAGAGACCUGACUUGGUCAUAUGCGGCUUUUCUGACCGCCGCCGCCCGCAGAGCGGGCAUUGUGCCGCCGCCAUGGGCAAAUAUCCAAGUGAAGUCGAUGCCGAGUACUUGCUCCGCCACCUCUGUUGUCGGAUCGUACUCGGCAGCCACUGCCACGUCAUUCCCUCCAUCUCAGACUCCAAAAACUGGUGCUCCCCCGCCCACAACCACGUCAAGACCGCCAUCAACUCCUACAACCCCUCCGGGCGGUUGCCAGACGGCCACUUCCGUCGCGGUGACUUUCGAGCAGCUUGCGAAAACCGAGUACGGCCAGACAAUUAAGCUGGUUGGUGAUACAGGUGCCUUGGGCGAUUGGAAACCGAACAAGGCCGUGUCCCUGGACGCUUCCGCGUAUACGCCUAACAAACCGCUCUGGAAGGGGACACUGUCUCUCAAGGCCGGCCAAGUCGUCAAGUACAAGUACAUCAAGGUCAAUUCAAAAGGAUCUCUGACCUGGGAGCGUGACCCGGACCACACCUUUACGGUACCCCGGACGUGUGCGACCACGACUGUUCGAUCGGACAAAUGGCAGUAUUAG